CAGACUUUGUUCCGGCAUAGAGGCAACAUGGCCUCGUCGGCACCACUGAAUGACGAAGUCCAGUCUGUUACUUGCUAUAAUAUACGACCGUUAAUAUUUCACGGGUACAUAGGACCAUUUGUUCUCAUAUAUGGCAUAUGGUUUUACUGCUGGACAUGUAUAUAUGGACUUGAAGACUACUACGAAGCCGGGUUGAUAGCACUAGCGUUUAUCGGAUUUUUGCAGAUUUUGACUUCUCUGUUUUGUCUAUGGUCGGAGGACGUGCGGUGCAUAUUAACAUGCUCAAAGGCAAAGGAUGCUGACAGUGCUAGCUGGUUGAAAGUUGUCCCUACCCCCAAUAAUGGAUCCACUGAGCUGGUCAAACUCCAUCAUGAGCGGAGUUCAACCCCAAAUGUCUUGUCUUUCUACUUCCAAAAAAUGCAUUAUGUGUAUGAUCGUGAGGAGAAGAAGCAGUUUGUCGAAGUCAAGUUUCCUACUGACAGAAGCGUAGGGUAUUUCUCUGAAUGGCGCGGCUACCAGGAAGAUUCAGACGUCAAGGAUGUGGAGAAAAGUUACGGACGAAACAUUAUGGAGAUGGACAUACCCACGUUUAGGGACCUGUUCAAGGAGCGGGCAACGGCUCCAUUCUUCGUGUUCCAGGUGUUCUGUGUUGGACUGUGGUGUUUGGACGAAUACUGGUACUACAGCAUCUUCACGCUCUUCAUGCUCAUUGCAUUUGAGGCAACCCUGGUCCAACAGCAGCUCCGCAAUAUGACAGAGAUAAGGAAGAUGGGAAAUAAACCAUAUCUCAUACAGGUGUACAGAAACAGACGCUGGAGACCGAUCAUGACCAAUGAACUCGUGCCAGGGGAUGUUGUCUCCAUAGGUCGCUCCCAGGAGGACAGACUCGUUCCCUGUGAUUUGCUGUUGCUGCGGGGUCCAUGUAUCGUGGACGAAGCCAUGCUGACAGGGGAGUCUAUCCCUGUGAUGAAGGAACCUGUUGAAAUCUUGGAGGCCAGUCAUGUGCUAGACAUUGAGACUGAUGGAAAGUUACAUGUGUUGUAUGGUGGGACGAAGGUGGUACAGCAUACCCCACCCAGUAAAACUGGACCAGGACUGAAAGCCAGUGACAAUGGAUGUAUUGCCUAUGUGUUGCGGCACAGUUUCAACACAUCCCAGGGCAAACUCCUGCGAACCAUUUUGUUUGGCGUGAAGCGAGUGACAGCCAACAACCUGGAGACUUUCAUCUUCAUCCUGUUUCUGUUGGUGUUUGCAAUUGCUGCAGCAGCCUAUGUCUGGAUCAAAGGUACUGAAGACCCAGAAAGGAAUCGCUACAAGUUAUUUUUAGAAUGCACCCUUAUUCUGACGUCAGUGGUUCCUCCGGAACUGCCCAUAGAGUUAUCCCUGGCUGUCAACACAAGCUUGUUGGCCCUCAGUAAACUCUAUGUGUACUGCACAGAACCAUUCAGAAUUCCAUUUGCUGGGAAAGUGGAUGUUUGCUGCUUUGAUAAAACAGGAACUUUGACUUCAGAUACUAUGGUAGUGGAAGGUGUCACAGGAAUAAAUGGGAAUGAGAUUUCUCUUGUAAGCGACGCCUCCCUGCAGACUGUCCAUGUGUUGGCGACCUGUCAUGCUCUUGUCCAGUUGGAGGAUGACCUUGUGGGGGAUCCCCUCGAGAAGGCCACACUCAAGGCUGUGGAGUGGAAUUUGACUAAAGGUGACACUGUGGUUCCACUGAAGCGUAAGACACAUGGCCUCAAGAUAUUCCACCGUUACCACUUCUCCAGUGCCCUCAAACGCAUGUCUGUUAUUUCUGGCCACACCCCACCUGGUGCCAUGGAUACAGAGUACAUAGCAACCGUCAAGGGAGCCCCAGAGACACUCAAAUCUAUGUUUAAGAGCCCCCCAGAUCACUAUGAUACGGUGUACCUGGAGAUGGCGAGGCGGGGGGCCAGGGUUCUGGCACUUGGGUACAAAAAGCUGGGCAACCUCUCGCACCAACAGGUGCGAGACAUGAAACGUGAGAGUGUCGAGUGUGACCUUGACUUCUGUGGAUUCAUCAUCAUUUCCUGUCCACUUAAGUCCGACUCCAAGGCCGUCAUCAAGGAGAUCAUCAAUUCAUCUCAUUACGUCGUCAUGAUAACAGGAGACAACCCAUUGACUGCCUGCCAUGUUGCCAAAGAGCUCCGAUUUACAAAGAAGAUAACUGUCAUUCUCACCCCUCCAAAUGAUAAAGACUCUUCCUGGCACUGGCAGUCCAUAGAUGACAAAGUUAUACUGCCAGUAAAAAUGGACAAUAUCCGCAAACAGCUGAUUGGUCAAUAUGACCUCUGUCUAACAGGGGAGGCUCUUACUUACAUACAAACAGAUCCAAAGUUGAUGAGAAUACUAUUACCAAAUGUACGUGUGUUUGCCAGAGUAGCACCAAAGCAGAAGGAGAUUGUCAUAACAACAUUAAAGGACUACGGCUACACAACAUUGAUGUGUGGGGACGGAACCAAUGAUGUUGGAGCGCUCAAACACGCCCAUGUUGGUGUGGCCCUUUUAUGUAAUGCUCCAGAAAAAGCACCAGAGAGAAAGAAGCGUAGAGCUGCUGAUGAGGGAUCAUCUGUGGAUGGAGAAGCAGGACAAAAUGAAAACCAAAACGAUAAACACUCAAUGAUGUCCCGUUCUAAAGGGGGAAGCAGAGCUGCCAAACAGAGAGCUAUUGCCAGGGGAGAUAACCUAGCGCCAGCACAGAAAAAGCUUGCUAAUAUGCUGAAGGAUUUAGAGGAGGAGGAGAAAGCUCAAGUGAUCAGAUUAGGAGAUGCCAGUAUAGCCUCACCAUUUACAUCAAAACUGUCUACACCAAUGUGCAUUUGCCAUGUGAUAAAACAAGGGCGCUGUACUCUAGUAACAACUCUCCAGAUGUUUAAGAUUCUUGCCCUUAACGCCCUGAUCCUAGCCUACAGUCAGAGCGUCCUAUACCUGGAUGGUAUCAAGUUCAGCGACAGUCAAGCAACCAUGCAGGGCCUCCUAUUGGCUGGAUGUUUUCUAUUUAUAUCAAGGUCAAAGCCACUGAAGACAUUGUCCAAAGAGCGUCCACUAACCAACAUACUUAACCUGUAUACACUGCUCACUGUACUCCUGCAGUUCUUUGUCCACUUCACCUGCCUGGUACAUCUAGUGCACGGUGCCAAGGAGUUGGCUCCAUCGGUGGAUAAGAUUGAUUUAGAAGCCAAAUUUUCACCAAGUCUAUUAAAUACCACUGUAUACAUCAUAUCAAUGGCCCUACAAGUAUCCACUUUUGCAGUAAAUUAUAGGGGCGAACCGUUCAUGGAGAGCCUACGUAACAACAAACCGCUGUUGUACAGUGUGAUGAUAUCUGCUGGCGCCAUCGUGGGUCUGUCCAGCGGCUUGUUCCCAGAAGUAACGGAACAGUUUGAGCUUGUUACUCUGCCAGAUGAGUUCCGCACCGUUGUUCUCUCGACGCUAUUGGCAGAUAUUGUGGGUGCUUUACUUUUGGAUAGGAUAUGUUUCUUUUUAUUCGGGAGAGGAAAACUUCGUCAAGGAUGAUGUGGAGCUAGGAACAUUUUAAUAAAUUGAAUUUUGUAAUGUAUAUGUACUUUCUAAUUUAAUUGAACAUGAUGUAUAUUAAAUUGAAACUGGGAUCAAAA